AUGAACUACCUGUAUCUAGGCUGCGAUAUCCGACCGUCGCUGUUGAUACAACACAUCGUCCAUUUCACGAGGUUGAAGCACCUAUUUCUUGAAGGACCCAUCUCGUCGUCCCAGCUUCUCAGUUGUUGCGGCGGACUCGUGGAUCUGGCAUUUCUAUCUGUUUCUGGUCUCAGAGAGCCGUCCCAGGACGAUGUCUCUUCGAUCGGAUUUCCAUCUCUGCGAGAACUUAAAAUGACUUCCGACCCAUCAAUCCCAGGUGUCAUCCAUCUCCUGGCGUCUGUAUCUUCUCCUCAUCUCCAAGAAGUCGCACUUCUAGGGUUAUCCUGGGAUGACCUGGAUGAAUGGCGCAGCUGCUUCUGUGUCCUAUGUUCCAAAUUCAGCUCAUCACUACGGAAGAUCGACGUCACUAGUUUCGCACCUGUGAAUGCUUCAAGCGUCAGUUUCAUGCAUAUUGUGCAGCCUCUGCUUGGCAUAAGCGGAAUCCAGAGCUUCACCAUCUGGUGCGAUGGUUCGCCCUUCAUGCUGACUGAUUAUGACAUCCACGACAUAGCAAGCUCGUGGCAGAAUCUCGAGGACCUCUACCUCCGGGUUGGAGAAGGCAGCCCCAGAGAACGACCAUCGGUAUACGCCAUUGAUGCAUUUGCGCAGUUUUGUCCGCGAUUGCGACAGCUCACCAUCAGCUGUUUGGACAUAUUCCUCCCUCCACCUUGGCCGCUGUCGCUCACAAUGUUCCCACGACUUACAGAACUGAAUUGUGGGAAGGGUGAUCGCGGCCUCAGAGAGACAACAGAUGCCGCGAUGCGGUUGGCGCAUUUCCUCCACGACAGAUGUCCCUGUCUUGACUUGCACACCCUCGCAAGGAAUUCGCCAGAUCUCUUCCUUGCCUUACGAGACCUCCGCUCACGUGAAGGGAACCAGUCAGACGAUGACAGCGUUGAAGCAUUGUGA